GCGGGCACGUGGCUGCCCGCAGCCAGUUUAUUCUGCUGGGCCCCGCGGCGCUGCAUUGCCGCCCGUGCCCCGCUGCGCGGAGCGGCGGCCGACAGCCCCUCCGCUCCGUGGCGGUGCUCGCGGCACCGCUAGUGCCCGCCGGGGCGCUGCUUGCGGGCUGGCGGCGCCUUCGCGUGCGGCCGCGGCCGAGGCUUGCGCGCUGCGCCAUGUCGUCCUCAGAGUCGCCAGCCUGGACACUAUUGUAUUUCGGAGCGCCGACUCGCGGCGAGCAGAUCCGGAUGCUGUUCCACUUGACGGAGACGCCGUUCGAGGACGUGCUGCUAGAGUUUCCGAAGGGCCUUGACAAGUACAAGCACUACGAGUCUGUCAGUGCAGGGGCAGAACUCGGGCUGGGGGCUGGGUGA